AUGGCUCCCGGUAGACUGAGCUUUCUACCUCCGUAUCUGCUGCGGGUGGCACGAACAACCGUCGUGCCCACCACUGUGACAGCGAGACGGGUGGCUACGACGAGAUGCAAAAGCUUGUUUGCCCCAAGGCAUGGAAAGGCUGUCGAGCCGACUUGGAACAAUGCUCAGGAGGCACAGUUGUCGCAGCCAGCCGAGUCAAAAAAAGAUGGUCAUGAAGUUGCGGCACAGGGGGGAGCAGAUGCGACAACACCGACAGACGCAAAGCAACCACGAGUCGCCGCGGAGAAGACUGAGAAGCCGGAACCAGAAAAGUUGCCCCGAGUGCAAGCUGCGACUCCGUCAACAAGCCCUGCAGACUCUCCCCUCAGUAAAUCCGAGGACUCAGACGCCACUCCCACGGUAGCCAACUCCAGCAACAAAACAGAGGAACCAGGUCAGACACCCUCCAGCGUCGACUCUCCCGCUUCUCCCUCGCUCGAGGCCGUUCUGCACAUGCCAUCUCCCGGUCAAGCCGAACACCCGCACAUGGCGCCUCCACCGUACGUACACCAUUUUGAUAGCUACUCUCUGGUGAAGCAGCUGGAGGAGGGCGGUUACUCACGGGAGCAAGCCGUCACUUCGAUGAAGGCGAUACGGAAAAUUCUUGCGCAGAACUUGGAUGUAGCGCAGAAGCGCCUGGUCAGCAAGAGCGACGUUGAGAAUGAGACAUAUCUCUUUCAAGCCGCCUGCUCCGAGCUGAGCACGGAAAUCAAGAACAACCGGCGAUUGCAAGAAGAAGAAAUGAGACAAAAGCGGACGCACUUGCAGCACGAAGUUGAUAUCCUCACACAAUCCCUCAACCAGGAGCUACUGACUCUCAAUGACGCCGUUCGGGGGCUGUUCAAUGACAGAACCAUGGCCGUCCGGGAGGAACAGAAAUCCGUUGAGAGUGCUAUUCAAAAAAUCAAUUACAAGAUGAGCAUCCUCCUCAGCAGCGAUAGCAAGUCCGAAAUCGAAGGCGUGAGAUGGGUGUUGAUUCGACGCUCCGUCGUCGGUCUCGUGUUCCUGGCCAUCCUCACCCUGGGAAUGAUUCGAUAUACGACAUACCUGGCGCAGCAGAAGAAGAAGGAGGCGGAGAGGCGGAAAAGGGAGCGCGAGAGGUUGAAAAGAGACGGCGGGAGAAAUGACCAUACUACGGCAGCAGAUGCAGCCGUGAUUCUGUCUGCAAACUAA